GACGAGCGCCGCGCACCCCGUCGCGCCUGCCCUGCCCGCCCAGCGCAGCGUCCCGCCCUUGAUGAAGCAUCUGAGCAGUGGCCUUGAGAAGAGAGGCUGGGCCACUACAUUUAAAUCAACCAACAUUUAUGAAGUGCCUGCUGUAUACCAGCUGCUACAAGGGGACAGAGGGCUAUAUGCUCCAGGCCUCAAUGAAGAGCCCAAACAUGGAGACGUUCAAGCAACAGAAGGUGGAGGACUUUUAUGACAUCGGAGAGGAGCUGGGGAGCGGCCAGUUUGCCAUUGUGAAGAAGUGCCGGGAGAAGAGCACGGGGCUGGAGUACGCGGCCAAAUUCAUCAAAAAGCGGCAGAGCCGGGCCAGCCGGCGCGGCGUGUCCCGGGAGGAGAUCGAGCGGGAGGUGAGCAUCUUGCGGCAGGUGCUGCACCCCAACGUCAUAACACUGCACGACGUCUUCGAGAACCGAACCGACGUGGUGCUCAUCCUCGAGCUAGUGUCGGGAGGAGAGCUCUUCGACUUCCUGGCCCAGAAGGAGUCACUGAGUGAAGAGGAGGCUACCAGCUUCAUCAAGCAGAUCCUGGACGGUGUGAACUACCUUCAUGCCAAGAAAAUUGCUCACUUUGAUCUCAAGCCAGAAAACAUUAUGUUGUUAGACAAGAAUAUUCCCAUUCCACACAUCAAGCUGAUUGACUUUGGCCUGGCUCAUGAAAUAGAAGACGGAGUUGAAUUUAAGAACAUUUUUGGGACGCCAGAAUUUGUUGCUCCAGAAAUUGUGAACUACGAGCCCCUGGGUCUGGAGGCUGACAUGUGGAGUAUAGGCGUCAUCACCUACAUCCUCCUAAGUGGAGCAUCCCCUUUCCUGGGAGACACAAAGCAGGAAACACUAGCAAAUAUCACAGCGGUGAGUUAUGACUUUGAUGAAGAAUUCUUCAGCCAGACCAGUGAGCUAGCCAAGGACUUCAUCCGGAAGCUUCUGGUUAAAGAGACCCGGAAACGACUCACAAUCCAAGAGGCUCUCAGACACCCCUGGAUCACGUCUAAAGGAGAAGUCCGAGCCCCAGAACAGCAGAAGACAGAGCCUGCCCAGCUGAAGACCAAGCGCCUAAGAGAAUACACUCUCAAAUGCCACUCAAGCAUGCCCCCCAAUAAUACCUACGUCAACUUUGAGCGUUUUGCCCGUGUAGUAGAGGAUGUGGCUCGGGUAGACCAGGGAUGCCGUGCCCUGGCAAGGACCCAUGACACCCUCCAGGACGACGUGGAGGCCCUGGUCUCCAUAUACAAUGAGAAGGAAGCUUGGUAUCGGGAGGAGAGUGAGAGGGCCCGGCAUGACCUCUCCCAGCUCAAGUACGAGUUCCGCAAAGUGGAGUCCUUGAAGAAGGUCCUACGAGAAGACAUCCAGGCCACAGGGUCCAGCCUUGGAAGCAUGGCCAGGAAAUGGGACCAUCUGCAAGCACAGUUUGAAGCUUUAAGGCAGGAGCUCUCAGCAGACCUACAGUGGAUGCAGGAACUGGUGGGCAGCUUCCAGCUGGAGAGGAAGAACACAGAUGGCCUGGGCUCCGUGUUCCACAAGGACACCAGGGAGUCCCUAGGGGAGCAGCUCGACAGAUCCUGCAGCAAGGAAGUCUUGGCUGGCUUGAAUCUCUGAGCACCAGAAUCUAGUCUGUAAUGAAUCCUGAUGAUUUGCAGAAGUGUGUUCCCAAGUGCCCUGCCAGAGCAUCAGCUAGAAUUCUCCUUAGGGUAUAUGUCUGUAGCAUAGCCCUCCACCCCCUUCACAGAAUCCAGAAUCAGGAAGGCGCUGUAAUAGUUACUCAUUCUGCACCUCCUCUCACCAACCUGGUUUUCUGGGAGGGUGGCUGGCAGAGCAGCUAAGCUAUUAAAGCAAUUGAGAAUGAGUACCUCUCAGCAUACCCUUUCCCAGAGGGAGGAUGGCUGGCCCUGGGGAGAUGCUUGUAAUUGAUCUGUGAUAAUGGAUUUGUUCACAUCUCACCUUCCACCUACAUGUCUUAUAAAUUGUAGGUCUUGGGUAAUCUUUGAGCUAAGUAGGGAUAACAAUAAGCCAAUUUGGUGCUUUCCUGCUACAGAAGGAGGAAUUUAAAAUGCACAGAAAAAGAUUAUCUUUCAUUUGCACUGACUUUUCACUUACCAAGCACUUACGUCUUUGAUCUUUAAAAGAACUCCUUGAGCAGGAAGGUAGAUGUUAUUAUUCUUGUUGUUACUAUUAUUUCCAGGUAACUGAUGAGGAAAUUGACUCAGAGAGGAAAAAUGACUUACUCAAGGUCUUUCAUAGCUAGUUGUUACAGAUGAAACAGAAACCUAGGAUGCCCGGCCCUCAGAAGAGGUGUAUGGGAAGAAAUGGUGAGACUGUGCUAUAAAUAUCCACCUUCACAUUACAGAUCAGCCUCAGAUGAAAGGUUAUUAGCUUCAUGGCUAAUAACCUGGCAGGUACAAAUGGAAUGUCUCAUACGUUUAGACUAUUUUCCCAAGGAACAGGUCCUAGAAGGUGCAGUUCCCUGUUCCUAUCCAGCCCUGUCUUUGGCUGAUCUUCAGCAGGAUGGAAGGGGCAGCAUUUCACCCUUCUCCACUUUUCCCCCUUCUGGCUGAAGGCCCCAACCCUGUGUUAGAAAUGAAGACAAAAAGGAACUCAACAAGAAGAUCCCUUUUCUAAUGUACUAGGGCAUCGGUCCCUGAAAGGCCUGAGAAAUUCCGUGAGAGUUUAAGACUUGGAAGGACAGCUUCAGUGGUCCCUGCCUGACUCCAAGCUUUGAGCACGCCUUCUUGAGGACUGUAUGAUGUCAUCUCCUUUUUCCUAAAGGAGGGGCCACCAGCCAGCUCAUAUGGACAGAGUGUGGAGUGUGGGCCCAGCACUGUGCUAGAAGCUUGGGGGUGAGGGACCAGAUUGUAUCAUUUCAAAGUGACUACACAGACUCACAGAACACCCUUGUCAGAUAGGCAGGGUAAGUGUUAUUCCCAAUUUGGAGAUGAGGAAACAGAGAGGAUGUGAUUUGCCCAAGUAGUGGCAAUAGUGGGGGCCUGCUGACGAUAUGUCAGUUGCUCCUUCUGCUUCCCCUAACUGCCCCAGGCUCCAGGAUUUUACUCUCUGAUUAUAGGGCAGAGACACCCAGAUUUGUCCAUCCAUCUAUUGACAAAUGAUUAUUGAGUACCUGCCAACUGCCAGGCACUCAGAGUGGCACGGGGGAUACAAUAUUGAGUGAAAACAGGCUCCUUUCCUGCCUUUACGGAGUUGACAGGUAAACAAUUCUAACAUUAAACAAGAACAUUCUGCAGAAGUAGGACUGCAGGUGGGACACACUCUCUGAAGGAGAAGGAUGUAGCACCACACAAGCCUGCUGUGGGGGUUUGAUCUAGUCAGGGAAGGCCUCCCUGAGGUGGUGACGCUGGAGGGGAGUUCGGCUAAGUAAACCAGGGAGAAAGACAUCUUCCUGACAGCACUGUCAUGCCAGGGCUCUGAGGGAGAAGGGGCAUGGGAAGCUGAAAUUUCAGAGAGUGGAGAGGAUAAGGUGUGUAUAUGGUGUGGAUGUGGCUGGAGAGGAUGCACGACCAGCGGUACUUUGCCGUAUCAAAGAGCUCUGCCUUUAUGCCAAGAGUCAUAGGGAACCGUGAUGGGUGCCAGGCUAGUCAACAGCCUGAUGUGCUGGGUGGGGGGAGGGAAUGUCGAGAGAGCAGCACGGUUGGUAAGUGGUUACGGAGGAGACAUGAGAUUUUGACUUCAUGCAAUCAUUUCUUCAGAACCCCACCUCCUUUUCCAUUACCAUGCUAGAUCAUUUCAAAUAUCAUACAUAAUAUUUGUAACAGAAGCUUUUUUCAUCAAAUGUAAGAUGUUACCAAACAUAAGAAAGAACAAAUCCAAGUGCAAUAGGAGACCCCCUCCCCGCUCCUUAAAGCUGGGAUGCCCUCACUGAGAGGGUAAAUGAGAAAUAAUGCCACCAUGUAAAAAGAGAAGGCAAGGAAACCUGAGUGUUUCACCCUUCAUGCUAGAUAGAGGAAUGGAAAACCCCACCCACAAGAAGAGCCCCGGAUGGGUGGAAUUCACUCAGGUUUGCUUUCUGAACCUGCACAAUCAGUGUGAUCCAAAGUACUUCAAUUAGGGGAUCUAAUGUCGUACAGUCAGAGGCUGAGUGACCCCCAAUGUCUGGCAGAAGCGGUGUGGUCAUCUCUUGGAACAUCAAUCUUUGCUUCAGACUGACAGUAAUGACAUGUUGCCAUUGAUGGGAGAAAAAUCCUGAUUUCAGAGAUCCAACACUGUACAUCUUGGGAUCAUUGGAAGAUAACAAAGCCCUGUUUCCUGUGCCCUGCCUGGGAGACUGAGUACAAGUGACCUGUCUCUAGUCUCCUCCAAGAACUUACUUGCCCUGCCGUGAGAUGUGAUGUAUUCAUCUGGUGUUAAAACACUGCAAAUAUUAAAGAUUCCGUUGGUGAUGCCAGUAGAGCUUGAUCUCAUAUAGUCAGAUUUCCUCAGGGAAGGAAACCCCCAGUUGAAUAACUCAAGUUAAACUUUCUUGUGAAGGUCCAAGUAAAAUGCACUAAAGGAGUAAGAUGUUGAUAAUGAUUUGAUUUAGGGAGACUGGAAACAGGGAAAAGCAGUUAGUUGAGAAUCGUGGCAUGAGCCACUCUCUGUUCGUACUUAGGGGGGAACCAUCAGACGCCUUCAUUGUAUUUUAUUUUAUUUUAAUGUUUUAUUUAUUUUUGAUACAGAGACAGACAGAGCAUGA